CAAAGGGCGGCGCUCUGCUUCUGCCUGCCCUCACUUUAUAGUCCUCCGGUCAGUGUAAGUCACACACAGAGCCCGUGGCCGCAAUGACUAGCGCUCGCUCUCCGCGGGAAUGAUCUGAUCUGACGGCUGCGGAGAGUCAGCGGUGCUCUGUGAAGUCAUGGCCGCUCAGUGUGAACCCUUAAGCGGAUACUUACAGCAGUCCGACCCGGGCUCCAACAGCGAGCGCAGCGCUGAUUCCCCUCUGCCCGUGUCAGAGGAUGACUCCAGCGGACCCACGGCGCCUCCGGACCCCGAGUGGACCGAGGAGAGGUUUCGAGUGGACCGGAAAAAGCUGGAAAUCAUGCUAUUAGCUGCCACGGAGGGGCGAGUCAACGGAGGUGAGGACUUCUUUCAAAAGGUCAUGGAGGAGACAGAUACUCAGAUUGCCUGGCCUUCCAAGCUAAAGAUCGGUGCGAAGUCAAAGAAAGAUCCACAUAUCAAAGUUAGUGGUAAGAGAGACAAUGUGAAGGAGGCCAAGGAGAAGAUCAUGUCUGUCCUGGACACAAAGAGCAAUCGCGUGACUCUAAAGAUGGACGUCUCACACACCGAGCAUUCACAUGUCAUCGGCAAAGGGGGAAACAAUAUCAAGAAGGUGAUGGAGGACACGGGCUGUCACAUCCACUUCCCCGACUCCAACCGCAACAACCAGGCUGAGAAGAGCAACCAGGUGUCUAUAGCCGGCCAGCCAGGAGGAGUGGAGGCCGCCAGAGCCAGAAUUCGGGAGUUACUUCCUCUGGUGUUGAUGUUCGAGCUGCCAGUCAUAGUACAGCUGAACCCUGACCCCAGCUCUCCUGCCAUCCAGCACAUCUCCCAGACCUACAACAUCUCUGUGGCCUUCAAACAAAGGUCCAGACUCUAUGGAGCAACAGGAGUAGUGCGGGGCUCACAGAAUAAUGCUGCAGCCGUGAAGAGGGGCACAGCGGUGUUACUGGAGCACCUCGCGGGCAACCUGGCCAGCGCCAUCACGGUCAGCACGCAGCUUGACAUCGCGCCCCAGCACCACCUCUUCAUGAUGGGCCGCAACGGCAGCAACAUCAAGCACAUCAUGCAGCGCACAGGAGCGCACGUCCACUUCCCAGACCCCAACUGCCUACAGAAGAAAUCCACCGUCUACGUGCAGGGAACCAUUGACUCUGUGUGUCUGGCUCGCCAUUACCUGAUGGGCUGCCUGCCACUGGUGCUGAUGUUUGAUAUCAAAGAGGACAUCGAGGUGGAACCGCAGUGCAUUACUUCCCUAAUGGAACAGCUUGAUGUGUUCAUUAGUGUCAAACCCAAACCCAAGCAACCCAGCAAGUCAGUGAUAGUGAAGAGUGUUGAGAGGAAUGCUCUGAACAUGUAUGAGGCCAGGCGUUAUCUGUUGGGUUUGGAGAGCAGUGGGGUAUCAGUCCCCACCAGCAGUAGCAGCAGUCCUCCCUCCGCCCCUGCUCCACCUCCACCUCUCAGCUGCCCUGUUGGCCUUGACAUAUUGGCCUCUGCUGGCCUCGGCCUCACCAGCCUGGGUCUGCUGGGACCUCCGACAGUCUCCAUGACAGGACCCUCCACCAACUCCCUUCUAAAUGCUCUCAACAGCUCCAUCAGCCCAUUACAGACAUCCACCUCUGGAACACCCAGCCCCAAUCUCUGGCCCAAUUCACUGGCCAGUCCUGCCAGCUCUCCAGGUUUCUCCUCACACUUGAUGAUCCACCCAGCCACCCAGGCCACUCUAACUAGCAUCUUGCUGUCAGGGGUGCCAGGCUACACCCAGAACACUCCAUCCCCUCCACCUGGUCUCGCCCCCAUAGACGCCCAAGUCAACAUAGUAUCAGACUGCAGUAAAGCCGUGUCCCCUCUUAGUAGCAAACAGCCCAGCACCAUGUACAGCAGAAUGUCUGCAGCGUCUCUGGCAGAUAAAGUUCUGACCGCGGUUCAUGGCGACUCUGUGCAGGAAGCCAGUCCCCACUGUCCUUCUGAACCGCUGUCCAGCAAGUCCAGCCAAGACCAAGGAUCGGAUACGUUUGUGGAGGUGGGCAUGCCUCGAAGCCCCUCUCACUCGGGGAACAGUAAUGAACUGAAGCAGAUGUUGGCGUCUUGUAAGACGACGUCAGGAAAGAGGCAAGCCCUGGAGCUGCUACAAGGCACCAAGAACUCUCUCCUACACUCAGACUGUCUGUUGUCAGACUCGGACUCCAGCGCCUCAGAGAGUCCGGUGGCUGAUAAACGCGCUCCAGGCAGUGAAAGAGCAGCCGAACGGGCCGCUCAGCAGAAUUCAGACAGAAUCCGACUGCCGCCCCAAUCCUCCUUCUCCAGCAUGCAGGCGUUCGACUACGAGCAAAAGAAGUUACUGGCAACCAAAGCCAUGUUAAAGAAGCCAGUGGUGACGGAGGUCCGAACCCCUACUAACACGUGGAGCGGUCUGGGCUUCUCAAAGUCUAUGCCUGCAGAAACCAUUAAGGAGUUGCGCCGGGCAAACCAUGUGUCUUAUAAACCUACCAUGUCAACUACAUAUGAGGGGUCGCCUCUAGCCCUGUCCCGCUCCAACAGUAGAGAGGGGGUGGCGAGUGGCAGUGACUCGGAUAACUGGAGGGAAAGGAAUGGGAGCGGGCUCCCAGGACACAGUGACUUCCCCUCUCCCAUCAGCCCCAAAAGGAAGCAGAACAAAACAGAACACUACCUAAGCAGCAGCAACUACAUGGACUGCAUCUCGUCAGUGACGGGAACUAACGGCUGUAAUCUCAACACAUCGUUCAAAGGAUCAGAUCUGCCUGAGCUCUUCAGUAAACUUGGCCUCGGCAAAUAUACAGACGUCUUCCAACAGCAGGAGAUUGACCUUCAGACGUUCCUCACGCUGACCGAUCAGGACCUGAAAGAGCUCGGCAUCACUACAUUUGGAGCCCGCAGGAAAAUGCUGCUGGCCAUUUCAGAGCUGAACAAGAACCGAAGGAAGCUCUUUGAGCCGCCCAACAUCCGCUCCUCAUUCCUGGAAGGGGGUGCCAGCGGUCGACUGCCACGUCAGUUCCACACAGACAUUGUCAGUGUGAGCGGGCGCUGGUGAUCCCAUGCCAGUGCGCCAAUGGACAGCCUGAAACUGCACAAAUUCCCAUUCCCAACUCCAACCUGAUAUCCAGUACUGGACCAAAACCCGGACCUUCUGAAACUGUGCCAAAUAAACAAAGUCUAUGGAUCAGAGGCUAAGGGUCAAAGAACUGUCGAAUAUUAUAUGCAGUAUGGUACAUUACGCAAUAUGGUACUCAUGUUACAAUGAAGGAUCAUUGGAGCUCCUGCACUGUGCUUGUAUAUGGAGCAGGCAGAU